AUGGAUGCUAUGACUAGUGAUUCCGAAUGGGAGACUUCGAGUGACAGCAGCAGCAGCAGUGAGGAUCAAGAAGAAAAUGAUUUUCAAUAUGGUGGUCAAGCUCAGAGCAUAUUAUCAAAUUUAGAGGAAAGCAUUGGGAAGAUUGAUGAUUUUCUUUCAUUUGAGAGAACUUUUGGUCAUGGUGAUGUGGUCUGCUCCUUGUCAUAUCAGACAGGACAAAUGGGAAGGGUCACAAAUGUUGAACUGUUUGCGGAUUUGGAAAAUGUGAAAGGAAAGGUAUUCAAAAACGUAAACUCCAAGAAACUUUCGAAGAUUCGCUCUAUUUCAGAAGGUGAUUAUGUAAUUAAGGGGCCAUGGCUCGGUCGGGUUCAAAGGGUAGUGGACAAAGUGACUGUAUUAUAUGACGACGGAGCUAAAUCUGAUAUCAUUGCCUUUGAAAGAGAGAAGCUCUUACCACUGACUUGUAACUUUUCGGAAGAUUUGCAGUGUCCAUACUAUCCAGGACAGAGAGUAAAGGUUAAGUCCUCUGAUGCUUCUAAAUCAGCAGGAUGGCUUUGUGGAACUUGGAGAGAUAACCAAGAUGAAGGAACUGUUUGCGCUGUGGAUGCAGGUUUAGUGCAUGUUAACUGGAUCGCUUCUGUUCUUUCGAGUAGUAAUUUGAAUGUGAAUGCUCCACCGUGCUGGCAAGACUCCAAAAACUUGAUCGUGUUGUCGUGUUUUUCAGACACAAACUGGCAACUUGGUGAUUGGUGCAUGCUCUCGGUUGCAGCUAAAGAGGAACAGAUUAGUAUGGAGCAUAGUAUGACAAGAGAGUGUAAUAAGAGUGAGGGGAAAAAACUUGACUCAAGUAUUGGGGAAUUGUUUAUAAUUGGGAAGAUAAAGACCAAAGUUGAUAUUUUGUGGCAAAAUGGUGAGCAUAGCCUGGGAUUAGAUCCAGAGAAUUUACUCCCGGUGAAUGUUAUAAAUACACAUGAAUUUUGGCCUCAUCAGUUUGUGCUGGAAAAAGGUACUUAUGAUCCUCUUCAGCCUAAUAAUCAAAGAUGGGGUGUUGUCCAAUAUGUGGAUGCAAAGGAGCAUAUUGUAAAGGUAAAAUGGAAAAAUGUUUCCAUAUUCAAACCAAAUGAUUUGGAGAGAGACAAAAUGGAGGAAACUGUGAGUGCCUACGAACUUGUAGAGCACCCGGACUACUCAUGUUUUUUUGGUGAUAUUAUGUUCAAGCCGGCUCAAAAACAGUUUAAAGAAAAUUCAGUAGAUGACAUGAAUAUGGAGGCUUCUCUCAGAAACAGGAACCAAAUGAGUUAUCAUGAUGACUUCCCUGAUGACUGUUACUUGUCCUGUGUUGGCACUGUUACUGGUUUCAAAGAUGGUAAUGUGGAAGUGAAAUUGGCUACUGGUUUCACAACCAAGCUUGCACCGUAUGAAAUUUUUCGGAUUGAUAAACACGAAGGCUCAACUGUAACCCCUGCUCCUCAAGAGAUGAUCGAACGCGGAAGUCUAACUUCUGAUAAGAAAGGAAAGGACUUGAUAAAUUGUGAUGGUAAAAAAGAGAAUUGUGAAAAGAACCUUGAGGAGUGUAGUCCCUUUUUCCUUCCUCAAGCUGCCUUUGAAAUUUUCUCCAGCAUUAAAUCCAGCAUAUUUCAAACAUUAGGUGGAACUUCAGUUACAGGAGCAUUUUCAUCAGUGCCUACAUUUGAAAAGGAUCAUGAAUCGGAUUUUCCUGAAAAGAAAGAUUCAGAAACUUGUAACCUCUGCAUUGAACCACAUCCGGCGACUGAGUUGCAAUCUACUGAAGACACAACUUCAUAUCCAGAAGUUAUUAGGAUCCAUGACAAGAAUGAGUUUCCAUUUUCUUUAGACAGCAAUAGUUCAAACCAGUUUAAGCAGUUUGAUGUUAUAGAAAGCUGCUCUGAGGACCACCAUUUUUUUGAUGAGGGGAAAGGAUUACCAAUGUUGCAGGUAAAAAGAAGCUGGGUAAAAAAGGUUCAGCAAGAAUGGAGCAUCCUUGAGAAAAGUCUUCCUGACUCUAUUUAUGUUCGUGCAUAUGAGGAAAGAAUGGAUCUCAUGCGAGCAGCUAUUGUUGGUGCAUCUGGAACUCCGUAUCAAGACGGAUUGUUUUUCUUUGAUAUAUGUUUCCCUCCAGAGUAUCCCAACGAACCACCUAUGGUGCACUACAAUUCUGGCGGGCUCCGCUUAAAUCCUAAUUUGUACGAGUCAGGGAAAAUCUGUCUAAGUCUUUUAAAUACUUGGACAGGCGCAGGCAGUGAAGUGUGGAAUCCUGGAACCUCUACUAUUCUUCAAGUUCUUAUCUCUCUGCAGGCUCUUGUCCUUAAUGAGAAGCCUUAUUUUAAUGAGGCUGGGUAUGACCAACAAAUAGGCAGAGCUGAGGGAGAGAAAAACUCUGUGAGCUAUAAUGAGAAUGCUUUCCUUGUCACAACCAAAUCUAUGUUGUAUCUAUUAAGAAAGCCACCAAAGCAUUUUGAAGCACUGGUGGAAGGGCACUUCAGACAGUGUUCCAAACAUAUACUUUCUACUUGUAAGGCAUGUCUUGAAGGAGCUUCCAUUGGAUGUGGAAAAACUGAACAAGAAAACCAGAAGGGGACUUCUACAGGAUUUAAAAUAAUGCUUGCUAAGCUCUUCCCCAGGCUUGUAGAGGCAUUUAAGGAUAUUGAAUCCAGUCAGUUUUCUUGA